UAUGUAGAGACAUUGUUUACUACACUGGGCAGGAGUCUGUCGUGUGGUCAGAUAAGCACCGGUGCGGGCAGGAAGAGGUCUUGAAGAUGUCGCGUCUCUUGACAUUGGCGUUUUAUUUGUUUUCUGUUGUAACAACAGUCCUCUCCAAUAAGGUUUACCGCACAGACUAUGAGUACAACAGAUACACAGAUGCGUUUUACAAGCUGCACAUAGAGACUGCCAACCCUGUGAAUGCUGCGAAGGUCUGUCAGGCAGAAGGGGCAGUUCUGAUGAUGCCGGCCUCCCAGCAAGACAUAGCACAGCUCCACGGCAUGUUCAAGAAGUACCCAGACCUGGACAACUUCGUCUGGGUGGCCAAUGAUGGACAGACUCACGAGUCUGCUGAGGAACAACCGUUAAUUAACUUGCAGCCUCCUACAGAGGAAUACGUGCCAUUGUGGCAACGGGAGUGCGAUGCCGUGACGCGGGAGGGUGAAAUCGUAAGCAUCACGUGCUUCAAGGACCGGCCCUUCAUCUGCAAGGUGGAUGCCGCGAAAGCCCCUUACAAUAAGGAGUGCAACGUUUAUGGGAACGAUUUCCAAAGAGCACGCACCGUCAACAGUUGCUACCAAAUCCCCACUAUAGCCUACACCUGGAAUCAAGCGUACGCGGAGUGCGCAGCGGAGGGAGCUCACCUGGUGGUUCUCAACUCGCAAGCUGAGCACGACGAGGUCCAACGGCUCAUGAACUCGGCCCCUAGGAUCCAGGAGGCGAGGGAGACGUGGUUCUUCCACGCUGGCUUCAGGGCGCAGACGACUGAUCAGCAGAGGGUUUUUAAAACCAUUUUCAACGAAACCCUUGAAGAUGCAGGCUACAGCACAUGGGCAGACAACGAGCCCAACAACGCACUCCAGAACGAAAACUGCGGUACUUUGUUCAAAAACGACGGCAAACUCAACGACGUCGACUGUAGCUAUCGCUACGGGUUUAUAUGCGAGAAGGAAAUAACUGCACAGACAUAAUUAACGAUAAAAGAUUGUCAUUAAUAAGGCUAAGGUCUCCUAUUAAAUGCUUUAAGGUAUCUACCCACUACACCGUAUCAUACCAUGACCGUGCUAGGAACGUGUCAGGCACGAAAAGCAACACGAUACGCUCUACUAUGCCCACUGAACGGAUCGACGGCGUUCUGUGCCCGUAUACAUCCCGUAUGAUGCCAGUAUGUAUGUAACCCGUAUGUUGCCGUUUCAUUCACGUCUUGGAGUUCUACCAAAUUUUUAAACUGUAAAAUAGGUAUGACCAUCAGAAAAUUAACUGUUAUGCGCUUACAACACCAAUAUAACGGUCAUCAUAGGUGUUUACAUCACGUAUGCUCGCCGACUUUUGUUGACGCUCCGUGCAUGGCACGCGACGGUGUUGGUCGGUGACGAAACGGUCUACUGGGAACAGUGUCAAACUUUUCAAUACAAAUAAUAUUUAUUUGUGUAGUGGGUAGAGACCUUUGCGGCGUACGAUGUUUAUGUUAGCGUCAAACGUUCCUAUGGACGUUAAUAUCGACGUCUGAAGGAGACCACAAAAGUCAUUUUUUAAAGUAACUAAGCAUUGUGACGAGGUCUACGGCAUCUAUAGAAGACCAAAGCCUUAGUUACGUUUCCUAAGCAGUGAAAAAACUGUAGAUAUUUUCAAAAUAGGA